GGCCAUGACUCGUCCCAUCUCAGUGAUGACCCCAUGCUGGACUAUGGGUGAUGAUGAUGGCCAGACCUCUGACUUUAGCUGUCUUGCUUAUGUGUGCCCCUGAAGGGCCACUCUGAGUUCGCUUCCUGCUUCUCCAGGGUGCAGUGCAGUGCUUGGCUUGUUUUCCCGUGGCCCUUCCACUUCCUGGCCUCCUACGUGAUCACAGACCUGACCCAGCUGCAGAGGAUCAAGGCCAUGGAGCGCGUGCAGGGUGUGAGCAUCACGAGGGAGCUGCUGUGGUGGUGGGGCAUGCGGCAGGCCACAGUGCAGCAGCUGCUUGACCUCCUGGGCCACCUGGAGCUGCACCGCGCUGCCCACAUCGUCCGGAGCUGGAAGCAGGGUCCUGAAACCAGCUCUUCCCUGCCAGCUUUCCCAGGGCCUGUGCCACCAGGAUCUGCAGCGGCUUUCCUAAGAAGCAGUGAGGAGGACCAGGAUGUGGGGAAGCCCCUGGAGCCGGCUGCCUGUCAGGGCCGAGGGGGUGCUCUGCCCAGAGCCCGCCAGCUGGCUUCUGUGCUGCUGCUGUCUGAAGAGGACACUGCCUGCCCCAUAAAGACUGACUCCCCUGCGACACUGCACUCCAAGAAUUUCAGCACUUCUGUUCCUAAGCAAGCAAGACCUCUGAGCUGUUCUGGAGCCAGCCUUCUCUGGAGCGAGGCAGACGUGAUCCAGGCGACCAGCAACUUCCACCCAAGCCACAGGAUUAGUAGCAGCACAUUCGCUGAUGUGUACCGAGGGCAGAGGCAUGGGGUGCCCUUGGUUGUCAAGCAGCUCCGGGUGGUAGGUGAGGGGGCUUCUCCAGGCACUGUGGCUGGACAUAAGGGGCCAGGCCUUUGGCACCGAUGCCUGUCUCCCCAGGCAGCCUGCUCUGCUUCAGUGUCACUGGAAAGGUUCCUCCGGGCAGAAGUGCAAGUUUGCCUCAGAUGCUGCCACGCCAAUGUGUUGCCUUUACUGGGCUUCUGCACUGGAGGACAGUGUCACAGCCUGAUCUACCCCUACAUGGCAAAUGGUUCUCUACAGGACAGACUGCAGGGCCAGGACAGCUCAGACCCUCUGCCCUGGACCCAGCUUGUCAGCAUCUGCUCAGGGCUACUGUGUGCUGUCGAGCACCUGCAUGGCCUGGAUAUCAUUCACGGCAACGUCAAGAGCUCCAACAUUUUGCUGGAUGAAGAAUUCACCCCUAAGCUGGCUCAUCCAGUGGUUCAGUUGUGUUCUGUCGACAAAAGGUCAGAAUACACGGUGAUGAAGACCCACCUUUUCCAGGCCUCUGCAGCAUAUGUGCCAGAAGAUUUCAUCAGGGUCGGGCAACUGACCAAGCGCGUGGACAUCUUCAGCUGUGGGAUAGUGCUGGCAGAGGUCCUUACUGGCAUGCCUGCAAUGGACAGUGACCGGAGCCCCGUGUACCUGAAAGAUUUACUUCUCAGUGAAAUUCCAAGCUCCAGGAAACCAGGGGUUCAGAAGGUGAUGGCAAAGGAGAUCUGCCAGAAAUACUUGAAAAAGAGAGGUGGAUCCCUGCCUGAGGACUGUACUGAGGCCUUGGCCACAGCUGUCUACCACUGCCUGUGGAGGCGCAACAGUAGCUUGUGGGAGGCCCGGAGUUCCGUGGUUGCCGUGGAGGAGCGGCUCCGAGCGCCAGGCGCACUGCUGCAGUGGAGCGGGCUCUCUGCAGGUGCCGGCUGCCCCGCCAACACCCCCGUGGAGACCGGUGACGUAGACUUCGCGGGCCUCCAGGCUGCGGUCUCCGCGACGGCGGCGAACAGUGCGGCUCCAGAGACUUCAUGGAAAAUUGAGAUAAAUGAAGCCAAAAGGAAACUGAUGGAGAAUAUCCUGCUCUACAAAGAGGAGAAACUGGACAGCAUUGAGCUUUUUGGACCCUGAUGACUAGAAGAAGCUGAGGAUUCUUGUCCUUGAGUGGAAAGACAAGUGUCUAAACCAGGAAAUGGCUGAGGCAGAAACCAGUGUCUGGCAAGAAACACACAGAGCAAGCAUUAGCUCUCCCAGUGCCCUUUCACUAAUGAGCCAGGGAGAAGGGAUCUCAGCUUUCUUUUCUGGCUUUUUUUUUUGGUGAUAUUGUAGUGAAUCUAUGGUAUUGAAUUAGGUCAGUGCUCUGCCACUGAGCUGCACCCCCAGCCAUUUAUAUUUUUUAUUUCGAGGUAGCCUCCAUAAGUUGCCUUUGCUGGCCAUGAACUUGUGAUUUUUCUGCCUCAGGCUCCUGAGUAGCUGGAAUUACAGGCCUGUGCCACUGUGUCUGCCCGCUAUAACUUCAGCUUUUUUUUUUUUUUUUUUCCUAAUUUUGUGUUUUGAAGCCAAGGCUUUCACACUGAGCUCUACCCCAUCAUUUUUUUAUUUUUUAUAUUGAGACAGUGUCUUAGUAAGUUGCUGAAUUGCCUAGACUGGGCUUCAACUUGAGAUCUUUGAGCCUUACUACUUGGGGAUUGUAGGGAGGCACCAACACACACAGCAGAACCUCAGGUUUUACUGACCAAGAAAAAACAAAAAAUCCAAGAAGUGCUCAUCCUGUCUGAGAUUUGUAGGUCAGAGCAUGGUAUCAUAGGAUCACAGGAACAGAAGCUAAAAGCUUGGAACACAGGGCCAGGAUGUAGGCUAUUUGGGGUUCUGCGAGCCCAUGAUGGUAACCACCUCAAUACAAACUGUUACCUCAGCAGCUAUCACCUCUUGACAGUAGACAGCUGAGGAGAAGUUCUAUGAUGAGUUCUCCAGAAUUAAGCCCCUGUGAGUCAUAUUUGCCAACAACCACCUGCAAACUUCCAUUGCAUGAAGAUUUUUAGCUUGUGUCCCCACGCAGUUCUGAUUCACCUGUCAAGAUCUCAAGUUUUACGAAUACCACCCACCUGGGAGAGGACUCAUAGGCUUCCUGCACCCUCUGUUGGUAAUCUUGCCACCCGUGGGUAUUUAUUAACUACCUGCUCAGUACCUUUAUCCUUUCAUCCCGCUAUUUGAGAAUGUGUUAUUUAUGGCAACAUGGAGCAUCGAGAGAAUUAGUCUUAUGUCUGAUUUUACGGCUAAUUAAGUUGAUCAUUUAAUUUCUAGGGCCUCAGUUUCCUGGUAAGGUUUCAGCUCUUUUUACCUGCCUUAGUGUUGGGGGGAUGGGUGCAGUGACGGCAGAAGCACUUUCAAAAUGCACUUGUUCUGUUUUAUAAGAUAAAUAAAAAGACAUGAAAUGUGUA